UGCGGGGAGCCAAUGAGCGGGGGCUCCGGCUCGGACUGAAUUUGCAACCCGCUGAGAAUAACAAGGGGCUUUCUCGAGGCGACCGCCUCCUGCUCGUCCUUGGCAGCCGAAGCGCGGGGGAAUCCGCAGAGCGGGCUGCGGGCUAGGAGAAUUUAAAGCAAAAAUUCAAGCAUGAGGAAAACUUUCGUUGUGGAACCCGUCAUUUCCAUAUACACCUUUCUUUAUUCUGUGAACUCGCCCUUGGUGCAGCAGUAUGUUUACAGGAGGCUCUGGGAGGAGAUGACGAACACCACCUUCACAGAUAAUGACACCGUCUCUCACUGUGAACUCAACCAAAGCAAUCCAACUUACUUGAAGCAAAAGGAAGUACAAGAAGAAGCCUCUCUUUACACCAUGAAAAUGCAGUUAAGUUCAGCCAUUUUGAGCAUUUUGAUGGCCUUUGUUCUUGUGGCGAACGGGGAGCGCUGCGGACGCAAAAUAUCACUAGCUCUUCCUCUGGUGGGGAGUCUCCUAGGCACCAGCUUCCUGAGUGCGAUGUCCUAUUUCUCCCUGCCCCUCUCUCUGCUCUUUGCGUCUUCUUUCGUGACAGGGCUGUUUGGGGGCAUGGCGACUUUCCUCGGAGGUGCCUUUUCCUUCGUGGUCGAUCUCUGCCAGAAUCAGAGGCAGAAGACCAUCCGAAUAGCCGUGGUUGACUUGAUCUUCGGAUCCAUGUCUGGAUUGGGAGGACUGGCCUCCGGCUACAUUUUAAAGGAAAUCGGCUUCACGUGGACAUUUGCGGCUGCGUCACUGCUUCAGACAGUCAACAUUUUCUAUGUCACAUGUUGCCUGGGCGAGACGGUGCCGGUCUCCGAACGCCAGCAACAGUCUCUGAGAGAAGGCCUUAAGGAAACCUUUUCUGGAGUAUAUCUCCUCUUUAAGUCGUCUUCCUGUAGGAAGCGGGCCACAAUGAUACUGUUGCUUUCUACAUUCAUGACUUACUUGUUCACGAUGUUUGGCGGGACCAUGCUUUACACCCUCUAUGAACUGAACGCCCCCCUCUGCUGGAGCGCAAUCUACAUCGGAUAUGGCUCAGCCGUCUCCACUACAGCCUCUCUGAUUGGCUUUCUGGGACUGCUUUUACUUUCUCGAUACCUGAGAGAUAUUUACCUUGUUUGCACUGGGAUCUUCUCUUACAUGGGAGGAGCGGUCAUGGCUGCCUUUGCCAACACCACAUUGCUGAUGUUUUUAGUGCGAGUGCCAUCUUUGCUACUUUUUAUACCUAUCCCCGUCCUUCGAUCCAUGUUGUCCAAAGUAGUUCUUCCCGAAGAACAAGGAGCCAUGUUUGCUUGCAUUGCCUGCUUAGAGGUUGUGACUGGGACUAUUGCAAUUACUGUCUUUAAUAGUGUCUACGCUGCGACCGUAGCUUGGUUUCCAGGCUUCACUUUCCUCUUAACGGCUGGCCUCUGUGUAGUUCCACUGGGCUUGUUGAGCUUGCUUAUAUGUGUCACUCGGAGCAAAGAAGACUUUGUGCUGCUUGUAAACGAAGACAACUCUCUUCAGGAGAAUGCGGAGAACUGAACAGAGAAUUCACCUAAUGGCUGGUCCUCUCCUGCUCUCCUUGAAUGGCUUUCACCUGUUGAUUGUGUUACAAGAGUUGAAACGUGAUCGGAUUCUCGCCUGCUAGCUCUCUGCAAGAAUCGACUGGCCCAGGUUUGCUGCUGUGUUAGAUAUCCCAUAGGAUGUCAUGCAAAAGGGAAGAAAGAGGAGUCAUAAAGCCACAUCGGUUGAGCUCUCAGAAGAGCAGUAGGUAAAUUAUCCAUGCCAAAACAGCAGUGGUGAGAGGUGAGAUCGGUUGCCUGCCAUCCUAGUGAAGCAGUGCACAGAAUGAAUGUGCAAACAUUGCAGUGUAACGGAUCUGGCGGCAUUGAAAAAUCAGUGACUCGGCAGAGAGGAAGCAACACAUCUUAAAGAAAUAGGAAAAGAUUUUGUACUUUAUUCCAUAAAGUGCUAGCCACCUAGAAUAAUGAAUUCCUGUAAGUCAGCAAUGAAAAUUCAUUGGUGUGAUGGAUCCUUUUGUUUACUUGUGUUUUUCAGGAAAGUUACAGCUUUUAUAAAAUGAGAUUCAAAAAAAUGUUUUUAAUGGUGCGUAUAUUCAUUUGAAAGGGUUGCUAUUUUAGAAUAAAGGUGGAUUCUUCCAACUAUUUUAACAUGAUGAUGUCCACACAAGUUGGCCUUGAGGGUACCUAGUCCUCUUUAUGACUAGACGCAGGUUGAGAUGGUGGGUCAGCUCAUCCUGAUUCACCCUAUUCUUUGAAGACCAUCCCCUACCCCUGAAUCUGUGAUCUGGACACAUGUUGAAGACUACGCACAAAUCCACUGAAAAAAUUCACUUGGGAUGACUUAAUACCACAUUUAAUAUAUUGUGAGACUCGGCAUUGCAGACUGUAUGGGUGAAAUGCCUCUGAGCUGAUGGGAUUCUUCACAUGAGCAACAUUCAUGAAUGUUUGCGGGUCCUUUUGACGAUGAUGUCAUCCUCCUGCACAACUUCCCAGUUAUUCCAUUCUAAAAAAAACCUUGGAUAUCCCAAUCCUUCUGAAAAAAUAUGGGAUAUCCUACUGUGUUCAGCCAAAGUUGCACUACAGAGCACCUAUUAGAGGGUGCUGUCCCAUUCAAGGCUAUGAGCACCGAGAGGAGUGGAAGUUUUCAGUUAUAGACCAUGUGGUCUCCCCUUUACACCCGUGUAAUGC